GGUAUGCGAAAGGGAGGAGGGGGCGCGCUGCGCGCUUGCACGCUGCACGGGGAAUGACGGCGGCUCUUAUAAAUAAAGCCAAGCCCGCAGCUGCACACCCCCUGCGUAAGCCGUACCGUAGGACGCGGAGGGGACUCGUUUGUUUUGUCAUUUGAAUAGGAGACACACAAAAAAAACCGGUCCAGGGAGGUGAACGGGUUUUUCGGGGCCUCGCUCUGUGACGUCGAAGACGACGCGGAACAUCGGUCGGUCGCCCGGCCGUAAGUGUAGGGAAAUGACCGCGAGUGACCUCUGUUGUUUUAGCGACGGUUAGCAUCUCCAGCGCUUUUUUGUUUUAAAUCGUCAAAGAAAUGAACCCGUGAUAAAAAAAAAAAAAAAAAAAGCGUUCGGUUCGGCUUAUUUGUAAGGCACGGUACGGUUGUGAAUACGGGGCUAACGUGAGCAGGCUAUGCUAAUUUAGCUUGCUUGGUUAGGUUCCCGGCACCCGUAGAUGCUACAGGGAAGCUAGGCUAAUUUAGCUCUCGCGAUUAGCUUCCCGGAACCCGUAGAUGCUACAGCGAAACUAGGCCCAGUUUCCCCCCCCCCGUAUUUCGAGGUUCGCAUCCCGGCUAGGAUACCGUAGCACCAGCAGCGGCUAUGGAUAAAGCAAAGUCAAUGGUGGACAAGAAGGGACCUUUCCGGGUCAACAACGGCCCGAGCCAGAGGAGCUACAACGGCCACAUCAACGGCUGCGGCGGCCUCGCCUCGACCAGCUCGCCCAGCAGCAGCGGCCAGUACGAGAACAGUCACUACAUGAACCGAGGGGAGGAUGUGGCGUGCAACGGCUCGCCGGCCAAGAAGAGCAGGCUCCGGAGGAGGACCGAGUCGAUGAGGCGACACAGACCUCCGUUCCCGUGGUUCGGGAUGGACAUCGGUGGCACGCUGGUCAAGCUGGUCUACUUCGAGCCCGUGGACAUCACGGCGGAGGAAGAGCAGGAGGAGGUGGAGAACCUCAAGUCCAUCCGCAGAUACCUUACCUCAAACGUGGCCUAUGUAGACCUCAGUGCUGCCCAGCAUGUUGCGGCACAACGCAAGACGGGCGUGCGCGACGUCCACCUCGAGCUGCGCAACCUGACCAUGUGCGGCCGCACGGGCAACCUGCACUUCAUCCGCUUCCCCACGCAGGCCAUGCCGCGCUUCAUCCAGAUGGGCCGCGACAAGAACUUCUCCAGCCUGCACACCACGCUCUGCGCCACCGGCGGCGGCGCGUACAAAUUCGAGGACGACUUCCGCACAAUGGCCGACCUGGAGCUGCUGAAACUGGACGAGCUGGACUGCCUGAUCCGCGGCCUGCUCUUCGUGGACCGGGUGGGCUUCAACGGCCACCCCGAGUGCUACUACUUCCACAACCCCUCGGACACGCAGAGCUGCGUCAAGCAGCAGUGCACGCUGGACAACCCUUUCCCCGUGCUGCUGGUCAACAUCGGCUCCGGCGUCUCCAUCCUGGCCGUUUACUCCGAGGGCAACUACAAGCGCGUCACCGGUACCAGUCUGGGAGGUGGUACAUUCCUCGGCCUUUGCUGCCUGCUGACGGGCUGCGAGACGUUCGAGGAGGCUCUGGAGAUGGCGAGCAAGGGCGACUCCACCAACGUGGACAAGCUGGUCAAGGACAUCUACGGCGGCGACUAUGAGCGCUUCGGCCUGCAGGGCUCGGCCGUGGCGUCCAGUUUCGGUCACAUGAUGAGCAAAGAGAAGCGCGACACCAUCAGCAAGGAAGACCUGGCGCGAGCCACGCUGGUCACCAUUACCAAUAACAUCGGCUCCAUCGCGCGCAUGUGCGCCGUCAAUGAGAAAAUCGAGCGUGUGGUGUUUGUGGGCAAUUUCCUGCGCAUCAACACGGUAUCCACCAAACUGCUGGCCUACGCCAUGGAUUUCUGGUCCAAAGGACAGCUGCGAGCGCUCUUUCUAGAGCACGAGGGUUACUUCGGAGCUGUGGGCGCGUUAAUGGAGCUUCUCAAGACCACCGAGGACUCCUGAGCUGCCUCCCUCCCUUCAGUGCUGUGAUGUCAUCAACACUGGAAACACUGCAAACGCUGCAGAGGCUGCUAAAGGAAUCACUGCGAGACACGAGAAUAAGCAAGAGAAACUGGGGAAAAGCCAUUGGGGAGCGCCUGUACUUAGCCAUCAAACCGUAGAGGUUGUACUAUUGUAAUUGCUAAUUUAUGCUAAUUGACGCUGUCUUUGCCUGAGUUUUUAAUGACAAGCUACUGUAGCAGUUUGCCCCUGGUCAGUGGGUGGCUUUUUAAGAUGAGAACUCAAAAGGGGAUUAGCCUAAAUGUGGUUAAACUAAUGAGAACUUUGCCCCUAUAUGGUCGAAUAGGAACGCCGCUGCACAUGGCCUUUUUUUUUUUUUUUUUUUUUUUUUUUGCCCAGCCUCCUUUCCUGAUUCCCAGUGUGGACCAACAGUGUGUCUUCUCCCGAGCUACGCUUCAGUUAGCAUCUCUUGUUUUUUUCUUUCAUCACCUUGCCUUGUUUUACUGCCGCCGAGAUUUUACACACCACACUAUUCAGACUAAAAAGUCAUCUCUCAGAGCUUUUCAGGUCACGCUAAUAUGUUAAAAGGGGAAGUGACCAGAGGAGCUAAUCAAGUGGUCAGCGUCUUCACUUGGCACGCCGGCUCGUUAAUCAACGCGAGCCGAUAUCCUAAUUGAUGUUCAGGAUGUCGAAAUCAAAGUCCUUUGUUCGCAACAAUGUCGUCAAUUAGUCCUGUCAAGCUAACGGGCAAGGGAACACAAACAAGAAGUAGAAAUCCUGCCAAAAUAAACAACGCUAAAGAUGGCCUUCUGUGUCCAUUGGUCGUAAAAGAUGGCGCAAACCAUUCAGCAACUAGCGCGAGAUGUUAACAUCGCAGUAGAUGCUGUUACAAGAUAUACAAAUCCAACGUUUUUUUGUUUACAAAAAGGUGGCCAUUAGUCCUUCAAAGCCAGCAGCAAUGGGAACACAAACCGCAAGUAAAAAAGCUGCUAAAAAAAGCCUUCGCUGUCUGCUUACCGCUAGUUUGCUUAACCAUUCGGUGGCUAGCCCAAGAGGCUAACCAAGCAGCCAAAAAUCUGGUCAGUAGUCCUGUCGGUGAUCCUGUCAAGCCAACAGGAAUGGGAACAAAACCAGGCAGUAGAAAUCUGCCAAAGGAUCCUAAACAUAGCCUUCCGUGUCCGCUAAAUGCUUAAAUGCUCAAAGUGGGCCAUCUCAAGCUCCUCUGCCACUGCCCUUACACUUUCUGCCACACUUCUUUGUGCCAUCUACCCUUCGAUUAAAUGCCUCUGAACUAUUACUGCUGACACACUUUAGCAUUUAGCUCUAGCACUAGAGGUUUCAUCCAAAAAAAAUGUUCCCUCCCAGGUGGUUCUUUUGGGCAAGUCUUAAUAAUAGUCAUGACGUUGACGCUACCAUAGGUACUCAGCGUUAGCGUAGCAUCUUAGGUUUUGCGUAUUUGCGGUUAGCAUGUCUACACAUACCUUGUUCGUUGGUGUUCUGCACCCUCACUUGAUUGUCCAGUUUGCUGCCUUUUUUUCCCUUGUCCGCUUGAAUCGAAAUGCUUCAAAGUUGCAAAAAGAUUGAACUCCUUGCCACUGUCUUCACGGCUCUGUCACACUUCUUUGUCAUCUAACCUUCAGUAAAAUACCUCUGUAGCAUCACUCGCCAACACAUUUUAGCAUUUAGCUUUAGCAUUAGCACUGGUAUCUAUUUUCAUCAAACUAUGGUUCUUCAACCCCCAGGGGUAUGAUUUAUUUCGUCAUGUAAAAAUCCAAUGUGACCCAAAACGUCGUAACUGUAACAUAACCACAGGUAGUUAGCGUUAGCAGAGCGUCUUUGAUUUAGUGCGUAUGUCGAUUAACAGAUCAAGAUGUACCCUUUUUUUUUUUUUUUUUUUUUUGCGCUAGCCACUUCCUGUUUACAAUCUUCCAACCAAUGAGAGAAGAGAGCGAUCUCUUGGUUGAACCAGGGUGGAAACACACUGACUAUAUAUGAUACUACUAGACUAAACUGAAGCUGUGGAGUCCACCAUUUUGUGUAGUUUUGCUGUUCUCUCAGACCACUGUGUCACCCUCCCCCCCUUUCAGCCCGAUUCCUCCCACCUUUAUUGACAUGUCGCCCCCUUCGCAGCUAGCUCACAGCUAGCGAAACGUCUCAAAGGUUUCACACACGUUAACCAUCAGCCAGGAACUGAUAAAAACUGUUUGUGUUUUCAGUCCUGCACCCACUGUGUCUCUCCACCACUUAUUACGCAUUUUUGUUGUUGUGCUCGUUGCCUCAGUGAAGCUCCAGCGUGACCUCGAACGCUGACCUCGACCCCCCCCCCCCCCCCCCCCCCCCCACACCCCAUUUAACGCCAUCUAUUUAUGUCCAUGCCUUCAUGUUUGUGACCUCAUACCACAGUGUCUUUUGCCUGUUUCAUACGGAGACCCCGCAAAACGGUUCGGCAUGAGAAGUGAAUGUCUGGUCUUCCCACCCCCAUCCGGCCUUGCCUUUUUAUACAAUCCCGCCUCUGAUACGACCUCCGACAGGUAUAUCAAACAGUUGUCGGACGGUGACUAUUGCUUUCAACACAAUGGGACGUGAAAAGCGAGUGUCAGGUCUUCCCACCCCUGUCCCGCCUUACCUUUUCACGCAGUCCCACCUUUGUUACGGUUAUGAUACUACCUCUAAAGCCGGAAUAUUGCCGAAUAGAUCUCCCCCUCAUUCCAUGCCAGUGCUGUAGUCGUCUUGUAACGUGGUGGUACUAGAAUUAGAAAAGCCUCAACAACCUUCAUCAGCUACUGUACAUACAACUGGACUAUUUAAUUUAAUUCUUAUUGUUAUUAAUAUAUAUAUAUUUUUUUUUUCCAUGUUGGUUUACAAUUUCCAUUAUGACGGCAAACAUCCGCUAGAUAUGAACACAAUGGCAUCCUGGGCGGCCAUUUUGUGAUUAAAAACGUAAAGUACACUACGAAUUAUAUAUGGUUAACAUAUAAUGUUAUAGUCACAGGAAUUUUAGGAGUGGACUUUUAAAUUUUAUUUCCGGGAAAAAGCCUGUAAUAUUAGGUGGACGCACAAUCUAUUCUAAUUAGAUCUCAUUACGAUAAUAAUGCUAACAGAUCUAUUCAAGUAUCACUAUAUUAAUUCUGUUUGUAGUGUCUGUUUUCCUAGUGUAACUCGUUAAGUUGUGUGAUGAUUUCUGUGUUAGCAUCAAUGCUAACACAACAAACCGCUGGGACCAUGUCAAUAUUUAAACAUCUGUUAUGCCCGUGAGCCAUUUGGCUAUGCAGUAAGCAUCUUAACGUAUGGAAGGCGUUUGAGCAUCUUUCAUAUCCAUUUAAGAUCUCAAUACAAGUACGCUCUUUGUCCUAUGCUAAAAACGACCACUUGGAUAUGCAAGCGUGACAAUUGGAGAGAGAACUCCUCCUCCUUUUCGUCUUGUUCUGCUGAUUUUUAUUUGAAUGCCAUUUAAGGCGAUGUUUGUUUGUUUGUUUGUUUGUUUUACCUUUUAACACCAAUUUGGGUGGACAAACGUGUCUCGACAAGUGCUAUGUAUCCAAGUCGACCUUACUUGUCGUGACGCCUCUUGCACAACUUGAACAUUUUUUUUUUUUUUAAUGCCUCAUUGGUUGUUAAACAAACAUCCUGUUGACUUGUCCAAGCCUUUAAACUAAACGAUACUGAGGAGAAAAAGUUGAUAUAAAUGAUUGUCCGGAAUGCUAAUUAGUUGUGUGCGUGUGUCUCUGUGUGUGUGUGUGUGUGUGUGUGUGUGUGUGUGUGUGAUAUACACACACAGAGGUUUUUGUAAAUAUGAAUAAUGAUGAUCUAAUCCACACCAGCAAGCUGUCAUUUGUUUUAACUUGGCCAGCUUUCACAAAACAUCUCCUGUAUCGUGAUACACAUGAUAUCGCGAUAUAUACAGAAUGAUUGAUAUCGUGGAAGAAAAUCAUCUACAAUCCGUGAUGAUGACUAGGGAAGUAAUGAAAACUUGCGAUAUAAUAUCACAAUAUUUUUUAACAAUACAAAAGGGUACACAUACACAUACAGCAAUUGUGUGAUAAUUGAUAUGUGGGAAGGAAACUAUGUAAGCUACUGUGCGUCACGACGUGUAACAAAGUUAAACUCACGAUACAACGUUAUCAUGUUUUUACAAUGAUACCAAUGGUAUCACGAUACAGCGAUUUGCAUAACAAUUGAUUUAUUGGGUGAAAAAAUAUCAAUACAUUUCAAUGUUUGUAUUUUUCCUAAAGCACAAAUUCUAUCAUGAUUGUAAUAUGAAUUUAUAUAUUGGAAGAAAACAAUGUAUGAUGCAUUGUACAUAUUUAAGAAUUUAAGGAGAAUGUGAUUAUUUUCCUACCACACUAAUGGUAACGUCACUUUUCCAACUAGACCGAAGAUACUGCAAUAUUUUGGAUGUAGUGGAACACAAUUGUGUACAAUAUCUAUGAUAUAUAAAAACUAUGUUUUUCCAACAAUAUCAAUGGAGUCACGAUACAGCCAUUGCGCAAUAAGUGUUAUAAUGGAUUAAAAUUAUCAAUGACAAAUCACGAUAUUGAUGUAACUAAUCAAAAUGCAACAAUAUUGUUGCAGUGAUAGCAAUGGUAUCACGGUACAGCUCCAUAUUAUGUCAACUUUAGCAUUUAUUUUGGGGGUUGUGAAGUAAAUAAGUAAGUCUUGUUUGUUGUUUGAGAUGUUUGUGAAAGCUGCCGUUGGUUGUUUCAUAAUUUCUGCUCCUUUUAACACACAGAAAAUGCCAUGUGCAAUGUAUAUGUCAUGAUGUGAACAAGACUUUUUCUCAAAAGGAAUAAAAGUCAAA